AUGUUCUCGAACAUACCCGAAGUCGAGGCCAACAGCAGACUAAGUGACCCGCCCGCCAUCAGCAACUCGAGUUCAGCAGAAAGCACACGUAGAGCAGCGCCGGACACACCGCCUCAGCUACGAGUGGGCCAGGAGCCUGUUGGUUUCACAGGAGCAGGAGGCUUUGGCGACUGUUUUCCAUGGAUGAAGCCAAGCUUCACGACGGACUCGGAGACUUCUCUACACCUACCUUCGUCGUCAAUCAACAUUCAGUCACCAUCAGAUACCAGGGAUGCAGCGGACGAGGUAAUUGAAGAAGGAUCUCGUCGCAAGCCGGAUUCAAGCAAUGCGAAGGGCGGCGAUCCGUCAGCGCUGCCAAUGCUGAGAGGCUGGCCGCUGUCACCUGUCGCAUCGUCCUUCCACGUACCGGAGGCUGUACCGACGACGAUACCUGUACCAGAUCACGCUGCGCCAUCAUCGAACCAGGAUGAGUGCUUCGAAGGCGAGGUGCUGGACUUGUAUGAGGACGACAACCUUCGCGGUUACCAGGUGUGGACUCGCGGCGGCAAACGCUCGAACGUCAUGGCAAUACGCAUUCCGCGCCAAAUGAUGGGUUGGAAGGCGAUCCUAAUGGAUGCCAGCCGUCUGGAAGAGAAUCCCACCUUUGACACAUCGAAGAAGGCACGACGGGCUAGCAAGGUGAUCGGCAAGCAGGGGUGGGAAGUGAGGCAGGAAGCGCUCAAGAACAGCUACGAUUUUCGGAGAGGCUCGGGUAUCUGGGCCACCAUGCACAGUGGGCACCGGCUGUUCAAGCACGAUUGGCACAUCAUCAUCAAGGACGGCUCGAGAUACGUGUGGAGGAUGGACAAGCAUGCCUUGGCGCUGUACCGCGAGGGUGCAGAGGAAGCUGAUGUCAAGGUGGCAGAGUUCUGCCGAGCUAUGCCUGCGAGCAGCCCGAUUGGCUCCCAUGACAGUCACGGUGCUGUCGGAAGAGUACCCGAUGACACGAAGCGAGUCGGAUCGCUCUUCUUUCAGGGUCAGAGAUCGAGUAUACUUCCAGGUCGCUCACACGAGGGAUACAUCUUUGGCAUCAGCCUGGCUAUGGCCAGUCUCGUAGCUGUGUUUGGCGCUAGAGGAGGGCACGCCAACGUGUCGGCAGCGUUGGAGCCAUCGGCCGAUCCGAUGCGAACGGUGCUGGAGAAGCAAAGGCAAGACGAACCGGAUCGUGAGCAGAUGAUGCUUGCACUGCCGCGCCCCGGGUUUGCGAGGGAGACCGAGUCGGUGCUUUCCGACACUACGGACGAAGACGCGGGUGAAACGAACGACUACCACAAGCAACCAGGGCACUCGAAAGGUCUGGUACCCGAUCAACACAGAUCAUCUUGGCAGACAGCGCAGGACGCUCCGCCGCAGACAGAACGCAAGAGGUUCUCCUCCUUUUUUGGCAAGAGCAGCGCCUCGUUGGUUGUGGCCGACGAAGCGCCACGCUCGACGGACCAAAGGUAUUUGACUGCAUCGCAACGCAUUGCCAGGCAAUACCGGACUCAGAGCGUCUUUCUCGGCAGCUAA